UUCAGUUUCAUAGUGGAGACAUCAGGGGGAGGGACUUGUGCAGACUCAAAAGCCUGAUGGUGCAGCCACAAGUGACAGAAAACAACAGAGACGGUGAAGGAGCCAGUUUCAUGAGGAGAGCAGAGCAGCUGCUGGAGACGUGGGAACAGAUGUGAGUUCAUCAGCAGCUCUGCACCAGACAAGCUUUAACACUGAGGGUUGGACUCGGGGAGAAAAGACAGGCUGGACAGACAGACCCCAUCAGAUAAAGCACAUCAAUGAAGACACCUGGCAUGGCGGUUUUCAAGGAACAGAAUGUGGAUGAUUUCUAUGAAAUUGGGGAGGAACUCGGAAGUGGGCAAUUUGCAAUAGUCAAGCGCUGCACAGAGAAGAGCACGGGCACCGAAUACGCCGCCAAGUUCAUCAAGAAGCGCCAAAGUCGGGCCAGCAGACGAGGCGUGAGGAGAGAGGAGAUCGAGAGGGAAGUGAGCAUACUGCAGGAGCUCCAGCACGCAAACAUUGUGUCCCUGCAUGAUGUGUACGAGAACCGCACAGACGUGGUGCUUAUCCUCGAACUGGUGUCUGGAGGAGAGCUGUUUGACUUCCUGGCUCAGAAGGAGUCUCUCAGCGAAGAGGAAGCCACUCAGUUUAUCAAACAGGUCCUAAACGGAGUCCAGUACCUCCACUCCAAAAGGAUUGCACAUUUUGAUCUAAAGCCUGAAAACAUAAUGCUGCUGGACAGGAACGUUCCUCUACCCCGCAUCAAAAUCAUAGACUUCGGCCUGGCACACAAAAUAGAAGCUGGUGCAGAUUUCAAAAACAUUUUUGGCACUCCUGAGUUCGUCGCUCCAGAGAUAGUCAACUACGAGCAACUGGGAUUGGAGGCAGACAUGUGGAGCAUCGGAGUCAUCACGUAUAUACUGUUAAGUGGCGCGUCACCUUUCCUCGGUGACAACAAGCAGGAAACGAUGGGAAACAUCUCGGCAGUGAACUAUGAGUUUGACGAGGAGUUCUUCAGCAACACGAGCGAGCUGGCCAAGAACUUCAUCCGACAGCUCCUGGAGAAGGACACGAGAAAACGGAUGACCAUACAAGACACCCUCAAUCAUCCUUGGAUCAAGCCUCUGAAUACCAGACAGGCCAUGGUGAAGAGGCUGUCAGUGGUGAACUUGGAGAACUUUAGGAGACAGUACGCCCGACGCAGGUGGAAGUUCUCAUUUAGAAUUGUGGCUCUGUGCAACCACUUGACGCGGAUCAUGAGGAAGGGCAACAAGCUGCCUGAGCAGGACGGGCGGGAUUGUGAAAGUGACCAAGAAGACGUAGACGUCCUGAAGAGACGACCAAGAACCAGAAAGAGAAGCAGCACUUCCUGAGAGCAACAACCACCGUGUCAAGCCCAAGUGUCAAGUUUGUUGUUUCAUGUUCCGGUUGCAAGUAGUCACUUUUUUCACGUUCACUUUGCUGCUGACAUUUUCUCAAAGAGCCAGCCACAGUGUCCGUUUGAGUAACGGCUGAUUAUGCAGCAUUUUUAUUGGUCAAGGCUACUUUGUCUUUUCCCAGUCGUAAAAACCAGCAGGUGAUAGACGACCUCCUGCAAUUUCUAAAUUCAAAUGUAGGUUUUAAAGAUGAAACGUGUUAUUGUUGACAGGAGCCGAGACACAACAACGUAGGCAGCUUCCUCUAAUAACUGCAGUCUUAAAAGUCCCUCUGUUUGACACCUGAGUAAAAAUAUUCCCUUUUUACUGUCAGGUGCAUGUAAUGAUUUGAAAGACUUGUGUUGUCCAAAGUAUAUGGACACAUAAAACGGUUUAGUGCUGCGGGAUGACAAGAUGCUGGCAGGUCUUCAUAAACAAAUGUUUACAUGUUGUUCUGCUUAAAUUACAGCAAUGUCUGUGUAACACACUGUUUACGGUCAACCUCUUUAUUUGCCUCAUCAUAAUUACCUGGAUUGUUCACUAUGCAGGCAUAUCUGUUGUAUUAAUAUAGGACAUUUGAAAUACUGUAAAUUACUUUCCGAUGGGAAAAUAGUUGCCUUUCAUUAUAUUUUUGAUGCAGUUGUUACUUUCUUGACAUCUUUAUAUUUAUGGUGUAAAUAUACAUAAAUGUAAGCCAAAUGUCUUAAGUUCAGUUUUACUCAUAUCUUAGCUCAAAAGGAAUGUUCACUGUCACCAACACACAUUUCUGUUCACUUGUAUGAAAUGUAAAUGGAACUUUUGUGUAAUAAAU